AUGGCUCCAGCUUCGAACGAAGAACAAUUCAAGUUCCUGAUCAGUUGUAUCCGCUACAGUAACAAUGGCAAGGUUGACUUUGGUCAAGUUGCAAGAGAGUGUAAGAUCGUCAGUAAGGGCGCGGCCGCCAAGCGUUAUGAGCGAAUGAUGAGAGCUCACGGAAUCGCUCCCAAUGCCGCUACGAUCAAGCCUCCUCCUUCCCGAAGCAUGAAAGCCGAACGUCGAGAGUCCUCUACAACCUCCUCUACCUCCCUCAAGAAACGCAAAGCCGAUGCCUUUCUCGAAGAUACCACACCAGUUGAUGAUGAAGAGACAUUUGGAAGCAUCAAGCCUGAUCCCGUCAACAUGAAGGAGCAAUUCAUCGUCAAGGAGGAAGCAGAGGGACAAUCUAUGGCACAAGGACAAUUGAGCAUCGAUCAGGCUGCCAACCUCAUGCAAUACUACGAUACUCCGGCCACAUAUGCCGGCUCGGGAUUGAGUGCUCAGAGCAACUAUGGUGGCAAUGGCAAUGGCUAUGGAAGCUCUGGUGGCUAUACUGGUUCUUUGAAUCCAACAUACGCUAUGCAGAGCCAGCCUUCGUACGAUUUCUCUACACCUUACAAUGCAGGCGGUAUGAACAGUGUCCCGAGGAGCGAGAAUCAAGGACUCAGCUAUCAACCCUUGGUGCCUUAUCAAGGAGAUGACCAAGGCCGUUCAGACAGCCCAGUCAUCGUGGAGUAG